CCAUGUUCUAUGACGAGGAUGGAGAUCUGGCUCAUGAGUUCUAUGAGGAGACAAUCGUCACCAAGAAUGGGCAGAAGCGGGCCAAGCUGAGGCGGGUGCAUAAGAACCUGAUUCCUCAGUUCCUGAGCUGGUGCCAGGCAGGUGACACCGUCUUCCUGUAGCCCCCAGCAUGUGGGCAGGCCUGAGCCCUGCCUGCACACUGGCCCUGGUGUUGACGGCAUGGGCCACGGAGCUCAAGCCCACAGCGCCACCCAUCUUCACGGGCCGGCCCUUUGUGGUAGCGUGGGAUGUGCCCACACAAGACUGCGGGCCACGCCUCAAGGUGCCACUGGACCGAGAGGAGAAAGCCUUCGAUGUGAAGGCCUCACCGAAUGAGGGUUUCGUGAAUCAGAACAUCACCAUCUUCUACCGGGACCGGCUGGGCCUGUACCCACACUUCGAUUCCGCGGGGAAGCCCGUGCACGGCGGCGUGCCGCAGAACGUCAGCUUAUGCGCACACCGGAAGAUGAUGCAGGAGCACGUGGAGCACUACAUCCGUAGACAGGAGCCCGCGGGGCUGGCGGUCAUCGACUGGGAGGACUGGCGGCCCGUGUGGGUGCGCAACUGGCAGGACAAGGACGUGUACCGCAGGUCGUCGCGCCAGAUGGUGGCCAGCCGCCACCCCGACUGGCCGCCGGACCACGUCGUCAAGCAGGCGCAGUACGAGUUCGAGUUCGCUGCCCGGAAGUUCAUGCUGGACACGCUGCACUUUGUCAAGGCAGUCCGGCCUCAGCACCUCUGGGGCUUCUACCUCUUCCCGGACUGCUACAACCACGACUACGUGCAGAACCGGGACAGCUACACGGGCCGCUGCCCGGAUGUGGAGGUCUCCCGGAACGACCAGCUGGCCUGGCUGUGGGCGGAGAGCACGGCCCUCUUCCCCUCCGUCUACCUGGAUGAGAUACUCGCCUCCACCGCCCAUGGCCGCAACUUCGUCAGCUUCCGCGUUCAGGAGGCCCUCCGCGUGGCUCGCACCCACCAUGGCAACCACACUCCGGUGUACGUCUUCACGCGGCCCACGUACAGCCGCACGCUCACGGGCCUCAGCGAGAUGGAUCUCAUCUCCACCAUUGGCGAGAGUGCCGCCCUGGGCGCGGCCGGCGUCAUCCUCUGGGGCGAUGCCGGGUUCACCACCAGCACGGAGACCUGCAAGUACCUCAAGGAUUACCUGACGCGGCUGCUGAUCCCCUACGUGGUCAACGUGUCGUGGGCCGCCCAGUACUGCAGCUGGGCCCAGUGCCACGGCCACGGGCGCUGCGUGCGCCGAGACCCCGGCUCCAGCACCUUCCUGCACCUCAGUGCCAGCAGCUUCCGCCUCGUGCCUAGCCACGCGCCCGGGGAGCCCCCGCUGCGACCGGAGGGGGAGCUCAGCCGGGCCGACCGCGACCACCUGCAGAAGCACUUUCAGUGCCAGUGCUACUUGGGCUGGGGUGGCAAGCAGUGCCAGUGGGACCGGAGGCAGGCAGCUGGAGGUGCCGGGAGGGCCUGGCCUGGGUCCCGCCUCGCCGGCUUGCUGCUUCUGGCUGCCAUAGCGCUCACCUGGACUUUGUAGGGAUCUCUCACCUGGCUUCCAGGCAAGCUGGCCUCUGCCACACGCAUUCUGCCAGGCAUAUAGGAGCCUCCAAGGGGUGGGCAAAUGAGUCCAGAGGGGCAGAGCCCCUGGGAUGCCCAGUAGGGCGUCCGUACCAGCUCUCACCCCCCUGUUCUAAGGGGGAGGGGCAGUCCCCUGAGAAGCCCCUCCUCUCCGUGCCAGAGAGGAAGAGGGGUAUGGCCGGGGAGAACCUGACCCUACUCCCCUGCUCCAGAAUAGUUUAUUAUUGUUAUUAUUAUUAUUAUUAUUAUUUUGGGGUCUCUUUUGUAAAUUAAAUAUAAAACAACUACUUCUGUGCUUGGACUGUCU